AUGGCCCUCAACACUACAUUCGCCUGGGGAGGUGCUCUACGACUGGAUUCCACUAAAUCACCAUUCUCCUCCCCAGUCCCGACUACUCACAAGGCCUUUACGAACGUCAAGCCAGUGUCAUGGAAGCGUCACAACAUUGGGGGAAUCCUUAUAACAAUAUACGGCCUGGAAGAAGUCGCUCGGCAUCCCCAGAGUAUCACAUGUCUAUGGCUUCUGCACGGUCGGGGCGACACCCAAGAUAGCAUGGCAUACACCGCCUCGGGCCUUCUAGAAGCAUGGAACUCGCAACGGAAAGACAUGACGCAAAAAGGCCUGAUCUGUAUCUGCUUCGACCAGCGCAACCACGGAUCGAGGAUGAUCGAGGCGGAUCACAACGUCUCUUGGAAGCAGGGAAAUGCCACACAUGGGCAGGACAUGUUCAAUUCGUACACUGGCACCGCGCAGGACCUUUCUCUACUGAUGACGCAGCUGCCCAUGUAUCUUCCCUUCAAAAUCGACGAGCACAUAUGUGGAGGCGUCAGCCUUGGAGGUCAUGCAUCGUGGGUGGCCGUCAUGAAUGAUCCGCGGAUUGUCGGUGCGAUCAUUGUCGUCGGAUGCCCUGAUUACACCACUAUGAUGACCGAUCGUGCUAUUCGGAGCAAGGUCCACUCUACUCUCACAAGCGAUCCCCCGGGACGGAACUUUCUUGGCUCGAGCGAUUUCCCUCAGAGCCUCCUCGCGGCAGUCGAGCAAUACGAUCCUGCGGGAAUGCUCUAUGCCGAACUCGAUAUUUACGAUGGCAAGCGGGAUUUAAUCUCGACCCCAUCGGCGGCCGAACAGAAGCGACUUCGACCGGUCUUGACUAAAGCCCUAGCUGGUAAGAAGAUCCUAUGUCUCAGCGGUGGCAAGGAUCGCCUUGUGCCUUACGGCUGUGGUGAAGGGUUUCUGUCGUGGCUGAAGCGCGCGAUCGAUCAGCCUACAGGAUGGGCUGGGGACCUCAAGAUUCGUUUGCACGACUUCAUUGAUCCUGCUGCUGGCCAUGAAUUCUCAGCGCCGAUGCGAAAGGUGGCUCAAGACUGGCUGUGUGCUUUCCUCGAUGGCGAUGAAGUUGAUUCCGGAAAGAUGCAGAGCAAGAUCUGA